AUGGUCAAUUUGUUUUGACGCCAAACCAAGCGCAAUAACCUCGAACACAUAAACAUUGUCGGGCAAGGAAGGAUACUAAACACUGAUAUAUUGCACUUUUUUAAGUGGUUGGAUUGGUUUGGUGCAAAAAGAAGUGUUUAAACGUCCCAGAAGUUUUGUGGAAAAUUCCAUCGGGCGAGAAUCUGGCGUGUAAAACUCCGAUUGUAUUGCCUAGAUCGCGUAGAGUAAGGACGGAAGAAUGCCGUAUACCGUAGUGGAAACUACAGCGGUUGGGGGCAGCAAGAAGACGAUGGUAGUGCCCGCAACUUGGGUCGUACCUAAAAAUGAUCGCAUUGGAUUUGUUUAUUGGCCCAACGAGACAGACGAAAAAAACGUGAAGGAGCUAAUUGCGGACGACCGCAGCAAACCAUUGGCACAAUGGGAAAGAAAGGUGUGUAACAUCAUCUUCCGGAGCAUUCCGUCCUUAGCGACGGCAGAAAAAGCAUUAGCAAUACGGCAAAAACUGUCCAACGCUGUAGCAAAAGAAGUUACCCCUACAACGCGAAGCAUCCCCAAUGCUGUACCAAACCCACAGACCACAGCACAGGCAAAGGAUCCAUUUGACAAGCCUGCUCCAAAACUCCCAACAAAGCCGGUGGCGAAAACAUCGUAUGCCGGAGACAACGAUCUGUUUGGAGGGUUUUUUAAGGUAACAUCCGGUAACAAGUGGCUGGGUGAGAACAGUUCGUACCGAAGCAAACUACCAAACACAGAACAAGACCUGGAAAAUCUUCCACCUCAGCUGUACAAUCUGCUGGACGAGAUAAAACGGCAGAUUAUCAGCAAUCAGGAGGAACUGAAGCAAAAGAUGCAAGAAGGUUUUAGUGAAAUGCGAAAAUUAUUCACAUCAUUGACGAAACAAACAGAGCCGGUCGAGUCGUGUGACGGUGGCCAAACCAUGAAAACGCCCGGCGAUGGGUUCACAUUCAAAAAGCUAAUGACGAUCAACGAGGUGAAGCAAUUCGAUGAGCGGCUUGCUAAUGCAAUGUUUCGGAAAAACGUGUACAGCUGGAUAGAUUCUGCCAUCGGGCACGAGUACAUCGCACGGAAAAGGAUGAAAGUUAUGGUAGAACUGGUGUUCGACGAACGGCUGUUUGCUCAGUUCAGUUGGUCCGGAAUGUACAACAAACCGCCACUGAAGCAGUACUUGAACAUAAGGAAACUGAUGCAGCACGUUGCUACCACUCCGUCACACCAGUCCAACCAAAAUGAGGUGAAAUUUCUGUUGCUCAAGAUGAUGAACAGCGGAGAUUCUAAAGGAAGCAUAAUGAGCCAAAAGGCUGCAGAUAGUUUGACAAAUGAUUUAGUAGAGCAGCGAUGCACGGCACCAACUGUGCGGUUGAGUGUCAAGAAUGUAGAGAAUGUUGCAGAUCAGAGGAUUAUCUUCGAUGAAAACGAAAUAAUCGCACUGGACAUUAUAGUCGAAGACGAGGAAGCAAUGGAAUUGGAGGAAAUUAUAGAAAAUGAGCAAAUCAUACAACCAGCAAAUCCGGAUGAAAGCAUCGAGCAGGAUAAAGGCGCACCGCUGCAGAGUGAACAAACGAAACAAACGAAACAAACAGAUGAAGGAAGCUCGACAGAAGUUAAUAUCAAUCGGAUAACAUGCCUGGACGAACUGAACAUGUUUGAAAAUGAACUCAAAGACCCAGAGAUGCAACGGAUGUUACACAAAUGGAUCGACAGUACGGUGGUGAAUCGUGAACCUAACGUUGGGAAACGCUUGAAUACGCUGCUUGACCGGUUAAUGGAUGGAAAAGUGUUGCAAAGCUUAAGCUGGAUGAAUACGAAGAGCACAAAGCGACCGCUGAAUGAAUAUAAAAACUUUGUGCGACUGUUUGAAUACGCGAGCAAAACCGUCAUACACCAGACCGUCAUCUACAAUCAUGGUUGUGUAGCCAAUUUCUUUGCGAAAAGAUUGAGGGAAAGUUAAAUUCAAUCAUCUAAAACUGACAUAAACAGUUUAAUGCUUUUCAACUUUAAGAAUCUAUCUUAUUAAGCCAAUGAAGUUAAUGUUAAACUUAUUCUCUCAAAUCUUUAGAUAAAAUUAGAAUAUAGAAUGAUGACUCGUUCGCCGGAUAGUCCGGGAGAAUCAAAGCUGUUGUACUGCCGGAAAAGUAAGCUGAUAAAUGAGCAUGUCCUCAUGGCAAAUGUCCUCGAAUCUUAACUUACUUGUUUAGCUUGUUCUGCAAACCGCGGCGAGGUUUUGGGAUUCUGCGAAAGUCCACCAUACUGCAAGACCAAAUUGAUCGAGUCGAAAAGGAAUCUAAGGUCUCUUGAUGUGGCUCCUGUGGUUAGCUUCUCGCCUAUAUGAAGCUUCAAAGCACGCCUAUAGGAGUUUCAAAUCUUUGAUGCCAUCAAAGUAUGCCAGGACUUCUUCUCCAUGAUUUACCACCACAUACUGAUGUUCCGAUAUCGAUGGCAAAUUUUCCGUUUCCGUCCGUCCUUUCCACGAAUGGGUCAAAUCGUACGAUUGUUCAGAUAUUUGGCAUCUCUCAAUCCAGCCCCGACAUCGCAUUUCGGAAUAUCGCUUUAGCAUUUUAAAAUUAGCUAAACUCAUCACGCCAAAUUCAAAUCGUGCGAUUGGUAAACAACGUGCUGUUGAACGUGUACGUUCGUAUUCCCUAUUGCAUGUGUGUGCGUGUGGUUUUGCGAACAUCCUAGAGCUGUCAAGUUGAAUGCUGAACCGUAUUAUUAUUUUGGUGGCAACAUUCCUCGAAUUGACUGCGUUCACGGCGUCACUAAAUAAACUCAAAUAAAACAGAGUUAACACCAGCCAAACACGAAAAGGAACCUGCCUGCAGCUAGAUAACGGUGCACUGCACAACGAUAUUCGUGCAGAUUCGCGAUAAUUUUGUGGGAUCAGCUAGUAAACAAACCGUGUGUGAGUGAGUGUGUGUGUGUGUGUGAACGGCCCUAACGUGAAGGUAAAACGGGCGGGCAAAAGCGAAUGAUGCCGUACGUGAUAGUGAACAAGAAGAACAUACAGUUCAGGGAUGUGAUUGUUGCGGCCGCUUGCUGGACCAUAAAGAUGGAUAACGGGAAGAGCUACGUGUACCUACCGAAGGUGAAUUGUGACAGAGUAAAGGAGUUUUUAGAGAACGAAACCCCUCCGUUGGGCGACUGGGAGAAACACGAGUGUGACAUACUGAUCCGGAACAUUCCCACGCUUGGUUCGGCAUAUAAAGCCAUCGAUAUGGUGCGGAGGCGUGGCGUAGCACCUAGGGAAGACAGUUUGGAGCCACAGAUUGGUCUUGCCGUUGCUCAAAAACGUAUUAAAAUAGAUGCGACCGGAGCGGGGGGAAGCAAAGAGAUCCCGGUGACUGUUUACGAGAGCUUAUCCAAUGAAGAUGCCGGGCAAGAUAUGUAUCCGUUCUCUGACGCGGACCAUGCAAAGGAGGACCCGUUUGGAGAUGUGAUUUCACCCCUAGAACAACCACUACCGGUCGUAGCGAGUGCGCUACCCGUGCAGCCUACCUUGCCUGUUGUUGUCGUAGAACAAAAGACUACAAAGUCGAACGAAAACAAGCGCUGCCUCAAAUUGGUGAUGCAAGCAGAGAAUGACCCAUUAGGUGAUGUUGCUACGCCAUCGCCAAUACCUAGACCGACUAUUGUGCAGCUGCCGGACCGGACACAAAUCAAAACCAAGCCAACGCCACCAGCAACAACUAAACCCAUCGUUGUGCGUGUACCGAUGCGGAUGUAUACCGCCAGCAAGCCAUCGCCACCAGCAACACCGCUACUACCAGCACCAACGCCACUGCCAGCAUCACCACAACUGCCACAAAUCCGCAAACAGCAGGUUGUUCGCAAUAAUGCACCGGGCAAUGUUAGUGGUGGAACAAGUAUUACUGGAAAAGUUGUUAGUGGUACAACGGUUGGUGGUAAUGCUGCUGUUCCAAACGAACCGUCGAAGAAAAUUAACGAUCAAUCUCCCCAGCUGCAAAAUUUGCUGUUCGAACUGAAGAGCAUGAUCAUUGGCCAUCAGGCCGAACUCAAGCGACAGGUGUGCGAAGGUUUCAAGCAAAUGCAGCACAACUUUAUGCUGCUGUUGGAGCAACAAAACGCUGGAUCAGGCUGCCACAAUCCCGAAUGCGUCGCCAAGAAUCGUUUCACGUUCGAUCCGCUAACGGCCGCAGAGGAGGUGGAACGGUUCGAAGCGCGACUAAAAGAUGCCGAAUAUCGAACGAAACUGCACCGCUGGAUAUUGACCACGCUCAGAAUGGAACUAGACGGGUGGAAACGAAUGGACAGGAUGUUUGAACUCAUGUUCGACAAAGCACUGCACGCCCAGCUCAAUUGGUCGGACCUAAUCGGCAAGGAACCGUACGUCAACAUGACGAUGCUAUUUGAAUUCAUUGCCACCACACCAGCCCAUCAAGCGAAUUCGGUAGAAGUAGCCACAUUUUUCAAGCAGAAAGUUAUUAACUUCAAACAGGAAGCUAAAAUGGGUACAACGGCAGCGAGUACGAAAGCAGCGCUACCAGCAAAACCUUACACCACCAUUCAUGAUCCAGCAGAUAACGACAACAACCUACUGGAGACGGUCGGAAAUCUGUCGGAAACCGGUGGCACGAUGGAAAUAGAGCUCGUGGAAUGUAAAAAAGAACCGGUUGAACAAAUGGAAAUUAGUGACGAAGGAAGCAACCACUCCUCAACCGAUAAUCCAGGCACUUCAUCCGGAGGGGCACCGCGAAAGUCGGCCAACACAUUCAUUACCAGCAUGGACAAGAUGGACCGGUUCGAGAAGCAGCUCAGCGACAAAAAGGUACAACAGCAGGUGCACAAAUGGGUCGACAAAACGUUUGGCAGCGAGCCGGAUGUGGAGCAACGGUUGGUCCAGCUGCUUGAUCGAUUGAUGGAUGUUAAGAUGUUGCAGAACUUUAGAUGGAAAUUACCUACCUGUGGAAUGCGACGCUUGGUAGAGUACCCGAACUUUAUUGAACUGUUUGAAUACGCCAGCAGAACGGUGGAAGGCGACAAAACUGUACCAAACAUAGAGCUGGUGGAAACGUUCUUCAGAAAGCGGUUGACCUUCGUGCAGCAGCGAAAAGCUCAGCAUAAGUAAGCCAAAACCAACGAACACAAAUUCAUACUCACGAACGAAAGGAAAACCGGGAACGACUUACAAUUUCGUUUCACGAAUAAACACAUCGUUAAGGGGUUUCCCUUUACUUGGUUAA